AUGAAUUCAUCGACAAGACAAGUACCAAAUAUUAUCGUCGAUUCAUCGAUUAUAAUUUUAGCUUCAAUUAAGAUCUGUAUUUCAGCAAGUCUAUUUGGAUUCAUUACUUAUCAUACAAUAAUAUCAAAAAAUUCUCCACAUCGAGUAGCACUUCUUUUAACUGCUAAUGUUUAUUUAUCUUUGCUACUUUCCUCAAUAUUAUUUCUUGAAGAAUAUAUAUGGAUUUUAUUAGGACAUAAAUAUUCAUUAGCAUCUUUAGACAAUGGAAUACUUUGUCAAAUUCGUAUCUAUCUUCAAUAUGUAUUAGUAAGUGCAAUAUGUUAUUCAAAUGCAUUACAAGCAAUCUAUCGUUUAUGUCGAAUUAUUUUCUAUACCAAAAAAUCAUAUCAAUCUUUUCAACUUUAUCAAAUAUUAAUUAUUAUUCAAUGGAUUUUAUGUUUUUUAAUUAUCAUUCCUAAUCUUUGUUUCGGUGAUUUUAAAUAUUCAAUUAAUGAUUAUAGUUGUCAACUUGAUUACACAAACUAUCGAGGUGUUUUCAUGAUGGGUACUUUAUCUUUUAGUAUACCAAUGACUAUAAUUGUUGGAUGUAAUAUCUAUACAAUUAAAAAAAUGCGAAGAAGAAACAAUAAUGAUAUUGAAGUAAUGACACAACUUCAACGAAUGAUUGUACAACGUGAUUUAGUUGUACUUUUUAGACUUUUAAUUCUACUUGGAAUAUUAAUGACUUUUGGUAUUAUUCCCGUAAUGAUUAUUUUAAUAAAUAUUUUCACUGGACUUGUUCCAUGGUGGUCAUCACAAAUUCAAUGGCUUGUGUUUAAUAUAUUAACAACUAUUGUUAGUAUUGUUUUAAUAAUAAUAUCUCCUCAUGUUCAUAAUUUAUGGAAAAGAAAGCCUUCUCAUCUGAAUUGUCGUCGUCAUGCUGUUGUAAAACAUGUUGUUAUUUAA